AGGGUUUUGUAUUUCAAUAAGCGCAGGCUGGAAGUGGGUUGGGAUGACUCAAAUCCGAAAAAUGUCGUCACACACUUAAUCCCCGUAAGAUGUGAAACUGUAUCGUGGUAAGAGAUUUUAGAAGCCAAAGCUCGCGAAUAGACGUGCAUUUGACGCUAUUCAACGAUUUCCCGAGCUGAGAAAACUCCUCACACUUUUAGAAACGGUAUCUAUUUUUUCUAUUUAUUCAAGCUUUCAGGAGGGCUAUACUGUCGAAGAGCCCAAAACAGAAGCAUACAUAAAGUCCGCUUUGGAAGAAUGCGUUUCGAAAAUGAAUUUUCUGGUACAGAGUUGGCACUACACUAACCACUUUAGACUUAUCAAGAUUUAUGGCACAGUCUUGGAUUGUUUACAAAGCCAGUAGUGCGCCUUCUUGUGAUUACCUAUUUUAUUAGUUCAGAAAUGUCACACCUUUCAUAAACGCUGACAGAAAUUCUUUGUUGGAAAUGGGAGACACUUUUCCGAGAGCAAUUACCCCGGUAAUCAGCAAGUCAAGUGCGGAAAGGAUAAUUAAUUACGCUUCGAAGAUGAUCGCGAAUUUAUUACGAUUGACGAAAACCGCAUACAUACAACAGAACGAACGUAAAUCACUUGGUCGCCACCUCAGUAGGCCCACAGAUCAGAAAUCACUGAAGCAGAAAAAGCGCCUGAAUGUGCCAUCUAACAAAAGCUCAAUUACGCAGCCUUUAUCUACAUACGGGACAGCUGCCGUCAACACUCCCGUUUUCAAACUAGAACAUGUGUUUUCAACGGAUAGAUCUGACGAAGAUAAGCUGUCGAAAGGCCAGGUAAUGGAAACCUACAACCUAAAACAAAAAGCGGAUGCCAAAACCCCCAGGUGUACUCUGUUCACUCGAAUAAGUACAGACACUAGCUCUGAUUUCUCCGGUGCGGUUGAAAAAUGCAAAGUGGAGACUUCAAAAACCUACUUGGGACGACCAGCUCGUAAGAUCUCUACCUCAGCACAGUCUGAAGGAGGCAGCGAUGUUGACGAGAGGAAGCCCGCUAAUGUACUGAGAGAUUUGCACUCGAAAUCCGCUGUUAAACGAAACUUGAGAAAUUUAUUACCCCAAACGUCCUCUUCUUCAACUAAAGCUGACUCAAACUGUUGGGUACACAGGUCUGAUACACAGGACAAACAACUUCGGCUUACGGCGAAAUCCACAGGAACCAAUCAUUUAGAUCCACCCAUCACCGCUGAACCUACAGCUUGCACCUCCAAACACGCUGAUGUUAUGUCGAGCAAAGAAAUAAUCCAACAGGCACGCAAAUAUGGAACACCAAACUUUGUUGCGCGAAUGCGAAAUGAACUACGGCGUGCACAAACCACUUCUGAGCCUCUUCAAGGAUACUGGAUACCACGGAGACACCUUUAUUCGUUCAACCUGUUAAAAACAAACCAGGAAACCCUGAAGAACGGUGCUCGCCGCCUUAGGAGCGUUCCCGUUAGGGUGGUUCCCUUACAAGAUGCUGAUUCGCUCAAAAGGUAUCGUGAACCUUCCACAGGCCUAAUCAAGCCUGCCGAAGUACCAUCUUCGUGUGCUGGUGAGUAUGCUCUUGAGAAAUUGGAUUUGGUAACCUCCAAAAUAUCGAAUGCUGAUACAUCGAAUUCAGUACAUGGGUGUACAAGUCCACUAAAUUCAGCCACGGCUCCGACAGACGAAGGUUUCGCAACGUCUGAACAAGUGGCUGGUGAUAAAAACGACCAUCCUUUGAAGACGUCACCAAAAAGGAAACGCUCUACGGUUUCGAGGCAGGUAGUACAUCCCGUAAAAAAGACUGGUGAUCGCGUUAACUCAGAACAGUUGAAGAAGUUAGCACUAGUCACCGCAAACGCGUUAACAGAGGCCCUAGGAAUACCCUCAAAUGAGUUAAAGACUCAGAUUGUCCAAGGCUCUGGGGAGGCCGUGGUCGAUUUUAAGCCGAAGGCCUCCAAAGCGUCCCGCAAAAUGAAUAGAGUCAGUGAGGAAGUAAAGGCUGCAAAAGAUGUCAAAAUCAGUGAUGCAUCUACCACUAGUUCAGCCGACAAUGUGGUUUAUCGUGUACGUGUUGAGUCUGUUCGUCACUACCGGUUGCAACAGGCAGACUGCUAUCGAGACUUCUACGCACCCAGUACCACCCACCUACCUAACCCCACGCCGCCGAUGAGUAUCGUUCUUCGCGGAAUGAACUGCUCGUCACCAAGCUUGGAACUUGUCAGCGCAGAACUGGCCCGCCUAGGGGAGGUCGCCGGUCAUACUGUCAUACUCCGCGAUCCGGAAAUGCUGGGGCGACGUAGUGCAGGGGCGAAACAUGUCUUUGGCGAUGUCCCAGUUCGAAGACCGCUUUCACCGAGUUUCAUGGCCACAAUAACCAACGAAGGAUGUCCUCAAGUCGACUAUUUUGCUAUUGUGUGCAGUUCACUGGGAAAAGUUAUUGGAGUCGACAUUAGGCCAGUUCCUAACGGUGUAAAAAAUAGCAGGUAUGAGUGGUUCAUCAAAAAGAUAACAAUUGAUGAGUUAGAGCGGCAAAAGAAAUACCAUUUUUCGUGUGACCGAUGGCUAACUUUAGAGGCUAAAAACAUUCCGUGCAAACGCAUCCGUACAUCGCCGAAGGUCAAAAUGAUGACGAAAUGUGCUACAGUCCCAAUGCCACAAAACACUUUAUCUCACUGUUCCGUGCCUCAGUCAGAUGUUACCCAACUACUUUCCGAAAGUCACGCGGCUGGAGUGAGUAAAACUUGCUUGUUAAAGCAGGCUCCAGACUUCCUCCCGGAAGUUGUCGAUCGUGGACCCAAAGUUCUAGAUCCUGGCGCAACGUGUAUGGCAGGAAGUAAUGGAACCGCCUGCGCCUUGCGUAGCGCUGUCGAAUCCGUCCUGUUUCAGUUACCAAAGAUACACACGCUACUAGGCUUCGUUUCUACUUCACAAGGACUUCGGACAGAUGAGCUUAGUUUGUCUGAAGAAGCCGGACAACUCCUACCGUUUCCCGUUGGACAAGUGCUUGCUUUGGCAGAAGCGGAGACAUGGGCAUUAUAUAUAGCUGAAUGGUAUUCGGCUAUCGGAAUAAGCAACCAGCUGUUCGUCAACCAAACCUAUUUCCCGGAUUAUCACCGCUUGCAACCGGUUCACGAAAGCGUUACUGACCUUUCAACUCACUCCACGAUUGUAUACAUUGUUAUGAAGAUGCCUCCUGCUACGCGUGCAUUGUUUGUGGAUGAUGUGAAAUCUUGUCCCAACUUUCUAAGAGUUAUUUGUGGCCAUGUCAUAAAUUUUUUCAAUGACUGCGAUUCGAGAGCCACCCAAAUUGGCAAAAUUGACGAACUACCUAUCCCGGAUUUGGUCACCGCUAUCGAAACUUGUAGUCCUUUGCCCGUGUUCCGCAUAAAUUUCGCAACCAAAUGUCACACGAAUAUCCCAAGAAUUGCAUCCAUCCAACCAUAUUCGCCGGAAUAUCUGGAUGAGCCUUCAGAUGACGAACGGUACACCUAUCCCACUACUGUAAUUAGUGGACGCAACAGUGAGAUGGAACGUACGGCUUCGACUGAAGAUAGUCAACCAGUUGAACUAUGUGGCCUUCGGAACAGAUCGAUGCUCGAUACAGAGGAUAUAAUUACGCCUCCUGAAAAUGGAAAGUUGGUGGUUCAGGCCGAUCUCAAUUCAUGGAGUUCAACCAAUGAGCCUCAACAGGAGCUAAAACUGUUGGAACCUUUGGAUCCAGCGACUGUAGACACCAAAGAUACAACAGAAAACCGAGGACCGUUACAGCUAGCAGAUGUCUAUUUUGACCCGUACUACUCAGCAACAGUGACUGCUACCGAUGAACAGUCUGCGCGCAACGCAACGCAGGACAGCCAGUACUCGAAUAUUUCGCUACCCUUUCUAAAUGAUGCGGCGUUGGAAGAGCGUUUGAGACAGAUUGCGGGUUUGAGUACACGCAAACCUGCCCACUCAUCGCGUAACGGGACUGAUGGCCAGACGCCAGAGUAUUAUUUAUCAAGCGAAAUACAGACACCCAUCCAGGAACUGGAUCCCACUGACAAAUUUGAAUUAAGACACGUAAGUGGACUAGGAGACCAAACCAACGAAAACAAUGAAACUUCAUGGUUAUGGCAAAUUCAACCUGUUACGUGGACCGACAACCUUGAAGCUCUGAGAUCACAGCAUUGGGAAGCACUUGUUGAGCUUUCUAGAUCACCCUUCCUGGAAUGGGAUAGCGAACUGAGUCUUAUAGUGAAUCAACCGACAGACAAACCGUUGGGUUCAACUCUUCUGUCGACAAAUUACGUCAGAUUCAGGUGCAACACGGUGCAUUCGUCCUCCUCACUCACCGAUACAGACGUCGAUCUCCGUUGGUCGUCUAUUGUAGAACAUCAAAUCCAUCGCUGUCUGAAGCACACAGCAACUAUUCAGCCUCGGUGAAUGCAAAAUAGCUUGCCUUGGUUCGGUCAGCAACACUAGUUAAAGAUUACUUUUGCUGUAUACUCCCUAUGACUGUUAGGGCAACAUUACCACCACGACAGCUCUCACUGCUCACAUACACCACGCCCUAUGCUUUUGCCAAACGUGUGGUAAAUGAAUAAACAUUUGAUAACCACUCUGUUGUGACUUUGCC